UAAUAUCAGGGCCCUUCGGCAAUCAUGAAUAGUUAUUUUUGUGGACAACCGGCUAGGAAAUUAUUCGGGGAGGAAAUCAACAUGCGCGUGCAAACAUCUGCCAUCUGACUGACACACGUUUGCCGCUUUGUUUUAAACCUUUAGUUGGCUUUUCUGUGCUUGGGUUUGGGAAAUGGGAACUGGAGGAAAGGACAAAGAUAGUGAAUCGGCCCAACUCGUGGGUGGCCAAGACGUCGAAUCGGGUCAAGAGGAAGAUUCGGGCGAAAAGAGUAAAGAGACGAAGGGUUGUGGAGCGAAGUGUUUCGCUUGUUUUCGUUGUUGCUUUGGGUUCAUCCUAUUUCCAUUUGUCUUUCUCCUCACACUUAUUGCUUGUCUUGUGUGGCUCAUACUGCUUCCAGCCAAGUGCUGUUCUCCCUGUUGCGCUCCACUGUUUGACUGGAUCGUUCAACUGUUGAUGUUACCGGUUCGUUUUUAUCGCUGGGUAUUGGGGAAAGAACAAGGCGAAGAAUAAGAUGAUAUUGAAGAAGCUCUAUUAAAUUUAACACCUUCUGUUUACAAUGACUCGCACAGCUUCCAGGUGCUGGCUGUCUUCGAACAAUAAAUAUAUUUUAAACUUUAAAAUGGCUUUUAUAACUAGAUCAUUAUUCCGCAAGAUUAGUAAAUGAGACUGACGUUUGAAAAUUCGGUAGCUAUUCUAAUAUUGUGA